AUGGAUAUGGCAAUUGCGGACAUUGCAUUAUAUUUUUGGGUCACAGCAAAAGUUGCAUUACAGGAAGGUCAACAUAAAAUUUUAAAUAAUGCAAUUCAAAUAGAUCCAAAAUGUGUAAAUACUGGAAAUAAUUCAUUCAGUGAAUUAAAUACUUUUAAUUGUACCCCUGUUUCGACAUUAUGUAAUUUAACAUCUGAUUUCUGCUCACAAGCAAGUAUUAAGUGUCUUAGCAGCCUGUACAAUGUGAAUGGUAACAUAUUAAAUACAUCAAAUAUUUUCAUUCCACCUGAAAAAAUUGCUAGUCUUUACAAUGUUUCAAUUCCCGCUAGUUCAGACCAAUUAGGAAAAUUGGAAUGGUUAAUAAGCGGGCAAUACGACAGUAAUCCUUCAACGAAAUAUAAUAGAGUUCAUGCUAAUACAACUCGUGCUGUAAGCUAUGGAAUUUUUGAAAUGAAUAAAGAAUUAUCGAUUGCACUUAAAGCUGCUUCUUUUAAUAGGAGUAGUAUGUUCUUUGCACAAGAGGCUGAGCGCCAAUUAAUACUGGAAAUUGGUGGUAUGUUAGCAAGUGUUGCAGUAGGUAACGUUGAGCAAAGCCUUGAAAAAGUUUCUCUGGAUGGAUAUAUUGGUAAAUACGAUAAAGAAAUUAAUUCGAAUGGUCAUCGAGUUGUUGUACAAACUGUGAUUGCUGAAAUAAUAACUGGUGCCGACAGAAUAGUCUAUGAUGCUAUAAGAGCCCCUUCCUGCAGAACAUGUUUUAAUAGCAUUGUAUUUCAACACCAAUUGCUCAGUCAAGAUCAAGCUGGUAUAGGACUUAGGGUAUUGUCUCAUCAGCUGAGGACGUUGUAA